GUCAGGACGGGCGGAAAAAUGCCACUUCCCGACUAACAGGCGGAAUCCAGCCCAGAUUUUCAGUCCUUUCUUCUUAUUCUUUCUUCCCUUUCACUAAUUUAUCCCGAUGUUAGCACAUUCUGUCUUGUUACUAGCGGACGCCUGUAGGUUUGCUACAUGGGAUCAUUACUUACUGAUCACGGUGACUCUGAAGUCUGGAACUGAAGGCGGAAUGAGAAGUUGGGAAAACUUUUUUCUCUAAGCUCUCUCUUUUUUAAAAACUAUUAUUCUCGAUGCUUGUUAAGAGGAAAAAAACCCUUUGGUGCUUCUGUUGUGAAUGUGAAACAUUAUCUUCCAGCUGUACAGUGACACAUUUUUUUAAGGAGAAAAGGACUGAUCCGUUUGCCAAAAGGGGGGUGGGGAAGUGGAAUAAUGUUAUCGAGUGAUUAUUCUGGCUGAGAUGUGUUAUUUGGUUCCUUCCUUCUUGAUCAUUUGGUGUUUAAGUAAAAUGAGGCACAGGCUUGUUUGCCGAGUGGAGUGGGAAAGGCAUUUUGAUUUGCUGGCCUAAUUAAAAAAUGAUAAAGGAGUAAAGGAAAAGGUGGACCUGGACUGAAGGGUGUAAAACCCCUGGACCCAUUCCUGGGGCAGGAAAAAGAAGAGGAAGAUUAGAAGAUUUUUUUUUUUUUUUUUAAGAGAAAGCCCAGCGGAGCUAAACGAAUGUCCCCUCAUCUCCAAAGGAAAGUUCAUCGGAUUUUUAUUCUAGAGAGCUCAUCUUCAGGAUGUCAGUGAACAUUUCUACGGCAGGAAAGGGUGUGGAUCCAAAUACGGUUGAUACUUAUGACAGUGGCGAUGAUUGGGAAAUCGGGGUUGGAAAUUUAAUAAUUGAUUUGGACGCUGAUUUGGAGAAGGACAGACAGAAAUUUGAAAUGAAUAAUUCCACCACCACCACUAGCAGCAGCAACUCUAAGGAUUGUGGAGGUCUGGCCUCCAGUGGGGCCGGUGCUACCGCAGCCUUAGCGGAUGGCCUAAAAUUUGCUUCUGUUCAGACCUCUGCUCCCCAGGGGAAUUCACACAAAGAGACCAGCAAAUCAAAAGUGAAAAGGAGUAAAACUUCUAAGGAUGCUAAUAAAUCUCUGCCUUCUGCUGCCUUGUAUGGGAUUCCCGAGAUCAGCGGCACUGGCAAGAGGCAGGAAGUCCAAGGGCGCCCUGGAGAGGCAACUGGCAUGAAUUCAGCGCUGGGUCAAAGUGUGAGCGGCGGCGGCGGCGGCGGCGGCGGCGGCGGCGGCGGCAACCCGAACAGCAAUAGUACCAGCGCCGGCACCUCCGCUGCCACCGCGGGGACGGCCUCCUGCGGGAAAAGCAAAGAGGAGAAGCCAGGUAAAAGCCAGAGCAGCCGAGGCGCCAAGCGGGAUAAGGAUGCGGGGAAAUCCAGGAAGGACAAGCACGACCUGCUUCAGGGCCACCAGAAUGGCAGUGGCAGCCAGGCCCCUUCCGGGGGCCUCUAUGGCUUUGGGGCCAAGAGCAAUGGAGGUGGCGCGAGCCCCUUCCACUGCGGGGGCACUGGGAGUGGCAGCGUCGCGGCUGCUGGGGAAGUUAGCAAAAGUGCCCCGGAUUCAGGGCUCAUGGGAAACUCUAUGUUGGUAAAGAAGGAAGAGGAGGAGGAGGAGAGCCACAGGCGAAUCAAGAAACUGAAAACUGAGAAGGUUGACCCCCUGUUUACAGUGCCAGCACCACCGCCGCCGAUUUCCAGCAGUCUCACGCCUCAGAUUCUGCCCUCCUACUUUUCCCCAUCUUCAUCCAAUAUUGCAGCACCGGUUGAACAGCUUUUGGUUCGGACUCGUUCCGUGGGUGUCAAUACGUGUGAAGUCGGAGUAGUGACAGAGCCAGAGUGUCUUGGGCCCUGUGAACCCGGGACCAGUGUGAAUUUGGAAGGGAUCGUGUGGCAUGAAACAGAAGAAGGUGUCCUAGUGGUCAAUGUCACGUGGAGGAACAAAACGUACGUAGGGACCUUAUUGGACUGCACCAAGCACGACUGGGCCCCUCCCAGGUUCUGCGAGUCACCGACCAGCGACCUGGAGAUGAGAGGGGGCCGGGGCCGGGGGAAAAGAGCGAGGUCUACCGCAGCCGCCCCGGGCUCGGAGGCCAGCUUCACAGAGUCCAGAGGGCUGCAGAACAAGAACAGAGGGGGGGCCAAUGGGAAAGGGAGGCGGGGCAGCCUCAAUGCCAGCGGGCGAAGGACACCCCCGAAUUGUGCCGCGGAGGACAUCAAAGCCAGCCCCUCCUCCACCAACAAAAGGAAAAACAAGCCUCCGAUGGAGCUAGACCUGAACUCCAGCUCCGAGGACAAUAAGCCCGGGAAGCGUGUCCGCACAAAUUCGAGAAGCACUCCCACCACCCCUCAGGGGAAACCAGAGACGACUUUUUUGGACCAGGGCUGCUCUUCUCCAGUGUUGAUUGAUUGUCCGCACCCAAACUGCAACAAAAAGUACAAGCACAUCAACGGCCUCAGGUACCACCAGGCUCAUGCCCACUUAGACCCAGAGAACAAGCUGGAGUUCGAACCGGACAGCGAGGGCAAGACCUCGGACUGCGAGGAGGCCUUGAGCAACGUGGCGCUGGAAUGCGGCGAGCCAAGCACAAGUGUAUCGACUUACGAGCAGGUGAAGGCGCCAGUGUCCCCUGGCUCAGGGAACCCUCCCGGAACCCCCAAGGGGAAGAGAGAGCUGAUGAGCAAUGGCCCGGGCUCUGUUAUGGGAUCGAAGCCUGGGAAGAAUUCUGGCAAAAAGAAGGGCCUCAACAGCGACCUCAACAACCUUCCCGUCAUCUCCAACAUGACGGCCACCGUAGACAGCUGCUCGGCAGCAGACGGCAGUUUGGCUGCCGAGAUGCCCAAACUGGAAGCAGAAGGCUUAAUCGACAGGAAAACUUUGGGAGAGAAAGAAAAGGGCAAAAAAGCCAACAGUGGCAAAAUGGACAAAAAUCUCUCUAAGCUUAAAAGUGCCCGGCCCAUUGCCCCCGCUCCGGCCCCAACGCCACCACAGCUAAUCGCUAUUCCCACUGCGGCCUUUACGGGCACCACCACGGGGACCAUACCCGGACUGCCCUCCCUCACGACCACGGCGGUCCAGGCCACACCAAAGAGUCCUCCGUUAAAGCCCAUUCAGCCAAAGCCCACGAUCAUGGGGGAGCCCGUCACCGUGAACCCAGCUCUCGUGUCGCUCAAAGACAAAAAGAAAAAGGAGAAGCGGAAGCUGAAGGACAAAGAAGGGAAAGAGACGGGGAGCCCGAAAACGGACGCGAAGCUGGGCAAACUAGAGGACGCCAAGGGGGCUGGCAGAGAUGUAUCCGGGCAUUUUUUAAAGGACCAUCUCAACAAGAACGAAGGGCUGGCGAACGGACUGUCUGAGUCGCAAGAGAGUCGGAUGGCCAGUAUCAAAGCCGAGGCCGAUAAGGUUUACACUUUCACCGACAACGCUCCCAGCCCUUCCAUCGGGAGCGCCUCGAGGAUGGAGUGCAGCGCUCUGGUGAACGGGCAGGCGCCCGUGGCCCCGCUGCACGUGCUGACCCAGAACGGGGCCGAGAGUUCCGCGGCCAAGACGAGCAGCCCUGCCUACUCGGACAUCUCUGAUGCUGCCGAUGACGGCGGUUCUGACAGCAGGUCGGAGGGCGUGAGGUCAAAGGCCAGUUCCCCGUCAGAUAUCCUUUCUAGUAAGGACGGUGUCGUAAAAGGGCAUUCUUCAACGACAGCACAAUCAUCUCAGAUGAAAGAGUCCCACUCUCCCUAUUACCAUGGCUACGAUCCUUAUUAUUCUCCGAGUUACAUGCACCCUGGGCAGGUCGGUGCCCCUGUAGCUGGGAACGGCGGGAGCGCGCAGGGAAUGAAGAUCAAGAAGGAGUCUGAGGAAGAUGCGGAGAAGAAAGACAAGGCAGAGCAGCUCGAGGCCAAGAAAGUGGACCAUAAUUCUGCAUCCAUACAGCCUCAGCACCAAUCGGUGAUCACGCAGAGACACCCGGCCCUGGCUCAGUCACUGUAUUAUGGCCAGUACGCCUACGGGCUCUAUAUGGACCAGAAGUCUCUGAUGGCCACCAGCCCUGCCUAUAGACAACAGUACGAGAAGUACUAUGAGGACCAGAGGCUGGCAGAGCAGAAAAUGGCCCAGACUGGGAGAGGAGACUGUGAAAGGAAAAAUGAGCUCCCCUUGAAAGAGCUGGGCAAAGAGGACAGUAAACAGAAAAACAUGCCAUCGGCCACAAUCUCAAAAGCUCCCUCUACUCCGGAGCCUAACAAAAACCAUUCUAAACUAGGGCCGUCAGUGCCUAAUAAAUCUGAGGAGACAGGUAAAUCACAGCUUCUCUCCAAUCACCAGCAGCAGCUUCAGGCCGACAGCUUCAAAGCUAAGCAGAUGGAAAACCACCAGCUUAUUAAGGAGGCUGUAGAAAUGAAAUCUGUCAUGGACUCUAUGAAGCAGACAGGUGUAGACCCAACCUCGAGAUUUAAACAAGAUCCAGAUUCAAGGACAUGGCAUCAUUAUGUAUACCAACCCAAAUACCUAGACCCGCAAAAGUCAGAAGAACUUGAUAGAGAAAAGAAAUUAAAAGAGGAUAGUCCCAGGAAAACCCCCACCAAAGAGGGUGGUGUGCCCAGCCUUCCUGUAUCGUUAACGAGCAUCAAAGAGGAGCCCAAAGAGGCCAAACGUCCUGAUUCUCAAUCCUUGGAUGAGAGCAAGCUGAAAAACGAUGAUCGCAAGACUCCCGUGAGCUGGAAGGACUCUCGGGGAGCCAGAGUGGCCGUCUCCUCCCCCAUGAGUCAGCAUCAGUCCUACAUACAGUACUUGCAUGCUUACCCUUACCCGCAGAUGUAUGACCCCAGCCACCCUGCAUACCGGGCUGUUUCUCCCGUCCUAAUGCACAGUUACCCUGGGGCCUAUCUCUCGCCAGGAUUUCAUUACCCUGUUUACGGGAAGAUGUCAGGGAGAGAAGAGGCAGAGAAAGUCAAUACCAGCCCUAGCAUCACCACGAAAACAACCACUGAAUCGAAAGCACUGGAUUUGCUCCACCAGCACGCCAGCCAGUACCGCAGCAAGUCUCCCGCUGUAUGCCUCCUUUUGUCAUCACUUACAAGUACUAUGUUUCAGGGGGAGAAAAGCAGACAAGCUAGAGAACAGUCUUGAAAUAUAAAUGGUUUUGGAACCCAGCUGUGAUUUCAGGGUGCUGUUUUAGUCUAAUACGGAAAGAAUGGCAUGUUCAAAAAUAAGAUGCUUUCAUACAUGGGGGAAAAGAUUGUUAAAGCGUGUAAGGUAGCAGCAGU